UGUAGCAGAUGCCACGCGUGUCCGGUGCAUGUGAGUGUUCCCCUAAACUGUUUUGUGUUCGAUUAUGGAGCAGCAAGACGAACAUCUAGCCGAGGAAUACGUACAAGACUUCGUCCUCGACCAUCUGGAAGACGUGACCGUUAAACGCGAAGGCAAAAUGCAGAUGACCGACACCGAAACGUGGCUCCAGCACGGCGACUCGCCGUCCAGGAUGCGCCCCCAUCAAUGGGAAGACAGACGACUGGCCUCCCUGUCGCCGACCUCCGAAAGCAUGUACAACCACCAGCAGCCGGUGCUGGUCAACAUGAACCUGAUGAACGAUCCGGGCACGCCGCCCGAAACGCCGCCCAGCAACUCGCCCCUGCCCUACCGAAGCCAGGGCAUCAUGGAGGAGAUGAUGUGGCUGCCCCAGAGCAUGAGGGAGCCCCAACCCCUCGACCUGCGUCCCAUCCAUUGCAUGGGCGACGACGGCUACAUCCCGUCGGGGAUGCUCCUCGACAACGGCAGCAUGCACCCGAUGCACCAGAGACCGCAAUCAGUAUGCUCCGGAUCCAGUGCCGUGUCGCCGAGACUAAACAAUCACAACAGCGGCUACUCGACGUGUUCCGAGGACCUGGGGCUGAACGACGAGCUCCUGAUGACCCUGUCGGUGCGGGAACUGAACAAAAGGCUGCACGGAUGCCCACGCGAAGAAGUGGUGAGGCUGAAACAGAAACGCAGGACGCUGAAGAACCGCGGCUACGCACAGAACUGCCGGUCGAAGAGGCUGCAACAGCGGCAGGACCUCGAACAGACCAACAGGAGUUUGCAGAUGGAGUUGCACAGGGUGAAAAGUGAGCUGGCCCGGGUGGCGCAGGAGAGGGACCUGCUGAAGCAGCGAUUGCAGCUCGGAAGGUCGCAGAGCCAGAUCCACCACAGCCUUAAUUCGGAUGGACAGAGUUCGCCGGAGUUCUAUCUAUGACAUCAUUUCCCGGGUCGAAGGUUAUAGUGUUUUUCGACCCCACGGUACACCAACCACUAAAUUGUACCGUGCCCGUGGAACCAAUCCUCUAGUGGACUUGUACAGUGAUAAUAAAAACGGACUCAUGACGAGUGAACAAUUUACCUAUCAUUUUCUUUCUGAGCCUAGGAUAUAAGACUGUUAAUUUUUUUUUAUAGAGGUUAUCAUUUUUUAAGUUUUUUGUUAAAUAAAACACUAUGAAGUGACUUGGCAUAUCCUUUUUUAUUUCUAACUUUUACAAAAUAUUUUUAUAUCAAUCAGGCGUUUUCGACCUGACCAGUUGUUUAAAUGAUAUAUGAUAUGUUAUAAUAUUGUAAAUAAAAUUAGACUCAGUAAAUCUGGUUUAAAUUUAUAAA